CGACUCGACAUGCACAAAAGACAAAACUGAUGCCCGCGCAAUUUUCCAUGUUUUCGCGGAAGAUAGAUUCUUUCUCAUUUUCUGCAUUUGGCGAGUACUCCGGCGGCGAGGCCCUAUCAAAUCCGAAUCUUCACUCAAUUCCCUGAGACAGAGGCGGUGUUUUAAUGCACACCGCCGAAACAAAAAAGGCGCGGAAGGGCGAACGCCGGCGGUAGUAAAGAAGCGCGGGAAAGCCCUUACAAGCCGCGUGCACGUGCAAUCCCACUAAGAAAAGAAUAACACCCCGCCAGAGGUGUGCUGACUCGCCCGCGUCCUCUCCGAUCGAUUUUUUCCCGCCAAGAAUCCUCCUCCGACCGAUUAUCUCCCGCCAAAUCGGGCACCCAAGAGGAGGACGUGCACGUGCAGCCCGCCAAUUUUUCCCGCCAAUUUUUCCAAGUGUUGGGACAGCGCAGGGACCAGGUCCCCACUUGCACGAAUUAAGAGAUACUGACCGUAGAUAGCAAAGAUCAACGGCCGAAAUCUCCUAAUUUGCGCAAGUGGGACCUUGCCCUGGGAGAGGAGGAGGUUAGAGAUUGGUGAGACGAAGUCAGAGGAACUGAGAGGUCGGUAGAGAGCAGAGAGGACACGGCUGUGGAACUGCGGGACAUCGGGACAGCGGGACAGCGGAACAUCGGGGCAGCGGGACAGCGGGACAACGGGAUAGCGGGACAGCGGGAGAGUGGGGCAAGGGGACAGCGUGUUGGCAGCAAAAGGCGGGUAAAGAGGGGGUGGGGGGUGGGGGAUGGUUAGGAAGGGGGUGUUCAAGCUGCGGAGAGCGGGACGGUGAUGAAUUGGUGAUCGUCCUCGGCGGGGAGCGGAGUCGGUCGGGGGAGCGGCGAGUGCUCCGGAGAGCGGAUUUUAGAGCGAGGUGGGCGAAGAGCUUGCCACGUGUCAAUUGGUCAGACGUCGAGCGGAACAGCGAUGGCGGCUUGCCACGUGGCAACCCACACGGCUAGUAGUGCGGGCAAUGGCUCUCUCUUUGCGCAGUGUGCGGAGCAACGGCGGACGACGCCAGCGCGCUGUCGACGGGGCGACUCGUGUGCGCGGCAGGCGCUUCUGCGAACAUCGGUGGUUGUGUCGUUCUCGCCGUGCAGCGCGCCGAGCCGCGAGCGCAAAAAGCGUAAUGAAAAGGUGUCGAUGACCAAGACCCGGUCGUUGACACGUGGCAGGUUUUUAUCCGGACAAAGAUUGACUGCGAAGCCAUUGCGCGCCGAGCCGCGAAGUGGAAACAAGGGCACAUGCGGCGCUCGCGCUGCACUGAAUGACAUCCCAAAGCAGUUCCGUGAAGAGAAUCUUCGCGAAGGCCUGACAGAGAAUUUCAAGAAUGUGCCGGAGUUUCUAUAUGGCUUGAAUCCUUCGCAGAUCAACAUGUUCGUUCCAGAGGACGGGCCGGUGAGACGGAAAACGGUUACACCGGAGAUGAUCACAUCAGCAGCUGCCUAUAGGGAGGGGGGUGGUAUGCACAGUCUAUUCGGUGUACAGGACAAGAGCAGAUUGAGUAUGAGUGUGAGCAUGUAUGCGGGCGGUGGAUAUGGAAGGCCGAAGACGUCUCCUCCAGAUCUGCCAUCGCUGCUUCUGGAUGCCAGAAUUUGCUAUCUCGGGAUGCCGAUUGUGCCUGCUGUCACAGAGCUGAUCAUCGCGGAGUUGCUGUGGUUAAACUAUGACAACCCAUCAAAGCCCAUUUACUUUUACAUCAACUCACCAGGAACACAGAAUGAUCAGCGAGAGAGUAUCGGUUUCGAGACGGAAGCUUAUGCGAUUGCCGACACCAUGAAUGCAAAGGAGCUGCACGCGAACACAUGCUACUACGUGGACCUUCUAGCACGUGGCACUGGGAAGAAGCCCGAGGACUUGUACAUUGAGAUUCAACGGCCGAGCUACUUCUGGCCUGAAGAGGCAAUUGAGUAUGGCCUCAUCGACAAGAUAAUUCAGGAUCGUGACGUGCGGAUGGAGAAGAUAAAUUACGAUGAGAUGUUGGCUCAGCAGAAGGCGAUACGCGGCCCAGGCAGGCCAGGUGCUCCUAUGGUUCAGCAAGGACCUCCAGCCUAAGCAGACAGGAGGGCGUGACGCGAGUGGUGUAAGGGAGGGAGCGGGGGGGGGAGGACGGGGAGGAGGGGGGAGGUAUAGCUUUCAUGGGUAGAGUGUCUUUUAGUGUAUUUCGGUUGCGGUGUGCAGGGUAUUUCCCGAUUUCCUUUGUCGCUACUGAAGUCACGGCUAGUCUUUUCUUGUCACUCUGGCACCGCUACUGAAGUCCUGGUUGUUCUUUUCGUUAGCUCUGACAUCGCUGCUCAAGUCACGGUUAUGUCUUUUCGUUACGCUGGCACCACUACUGAAGGGACUAGCUCAGCUCAUCAUCUCCCCACCCAUGAUGAGUUUAGAGUCUUUAGACUCUAGAGAGCGUGCACUCCUUUGCUGUUGGUUACUUGGGGAUUGUAUUCUGUGUUUUUUUUUUGUCUUUAGACUCUUUAUCCCUUUCUGUCCUUACCUUGUUCCAACACUUCACCUGCCACCCAUCCUGCGGGAUAAGCAUCAAAAUUGGGGAAUGGAUACUGAGAAGAGAUUUAGCAUGCCCCCCUCACAAGGACGACACGCUCGUAAAAAAAAAAAAAAAAAAAAAAAAAAAAAAAAAAAAAAAAAAAAAAAAAAAAAAAAAAAAAAAAAAAAAAAAAAAAAAAAAAAAAAAAAAAAAAGGACGACACGCUUGUAAAUCGAGAAACGAGUCUUUGCCGCACAUGCGAUCACUUGGAAGUCUUUUUUUUUUUUCAGCAGUUUUGCGCCGACGCUGCUGGGAGCUGACGUCUGAUGGUGAGAAGUAUGCGAGAGGCGGACAGAUGCGUAUGACGUUGACUGUAAGCAGUGUAAGGUCUUUUUCGACUUGUUCGAUUGGAACGUUCGCUGCAAGCGUUUUGCCUUAUGCUGUCCGCUCCGCAUAGACGCGAUGCGUCUAUCAGUACGGGGGCUAUACGGCUCUGUAGAAACAGCCACCCAUAUGGUUUGGUAGAAGGAACCGACUGUAUUUAGGGCUAUAGGGCUAUGGAGAUGUGGGGGUAUGGGCAGUACUUGGUACAGCUAAUCUGCAGGCAGGUAGGAUUGUAUGGACCAUGCACUGCGCAGAUGUGCCAUCUGUACGAACCAUGCGCAUGGGUUCAAGACUUCCGAGUUCUUUUUCAAGUUAAAAAAAAAUACAGCUAGGGGUGAAGUUGUCGUGUCGAAGGCUGGGAGCAUUGGUGUUGAUGGGAGGUGGGUCGUCGAGUAUGGCGGAUUCAGAGAGUGGAAGUACAUUGUCGAUCGAUUGAGGCGGUAGAGGAUGAUGUUGUGAGUCUUGUGACACACAACAGCUAAGCGGCUCCGUGUGAGCGAGCGGGCAAUGAUUUGGCCAUGGAGAGAUGGCACAGCAGGUGACGGAGUUGGCGGCAUAGCUGGUCUGUCUGCUCCGAGAGGAGUUGGCGGCCAUAGCUGCUCUGCCUGUCCAGAGAGGAGUCUGCAGGAGGGAGAUGGGGUAGAUGGAGGUGGUGGCCCUGGUCUGUCUGGUGAGAGCGGAGAGAUGGCGGCCCGUAUACGGUGAGAGUAAAACUCUGUUGUUGCCUUGGAGAUGCAAAGGUAAGCGGAAGAACCAAUGCGGCUCUGAAAUGGGUGCGUGUAAGAAACAGGGUCCUUUUUACAAUUUGCCUUCAGCUUGUACAUUCUUCUUUGUUCACAAAAUUUGUCUAUCCUAUAAUGGUAUCAUUCUAUGAAGUAGGGUUUGAUCGUUUGGUGCAAUCUUGGGAAGGAUUACGGAACCUGAGUGUUCAUUCUGUCGGUUCUGUUGAAUGACAACAUCGUUCGAACUCACCCCCGUCCUCGGUUCUAACUACUACUGCUCUAUGACGCGGAUCGUGGACAUGAAGCCUCUUCGCGGAAGGGCGUCUAUUUUUCUCCUCAACU